GUAAAUGGAAACACUAUUUUCAAGUUCCAUCAAAAAUAAUAUCACGGUGAAAUAGACUGUGGUGUUUGUUUAUAUUUUAUCUACUCAGUAGGUAUUCUUUGUCACAAACCAAGUAGAAAAAUUAAAAGGUACAAUGACAGACAUAGAGGAGAAAGUUAUAAUGACACCAAAAUGUAAAACAGCGAAUUCCACAACCUUGGUGGUGGAGAGAAAGGCUGUGGAACCAGAGGCAAGUGACAAGAUACAUGUUGCUGGUGGUGAUCACACUGGUAUAAUAAUUAACAAAGAAAAAGUUUAUGAGAAUGGAGUCACAGAGCCUUGCCAUGCUCAGUUAGAAUUUUAUGUAUAUUUAGUAUCAGGAACCACAGGCACUCACACAAGAGAGGCACGUGCAUUACGCUUCUGGUUUAAACCACAAAUGCCACCAAGUGAACGCCCUUAUGAAGCCCAGGCCUUCUUCCGAGAGCUUGUGAGCCCGCAAGAUUUUCCUAAAGAUUAUGUGGGUUUUAUAAAGAAAAUAAUGAAACUAAUGCAGCAUAAAUAUUAUCAGUUAAAAUUAUUAGAAGUUGAACUAAGACAAGAAGGCUGUGGCCCUCCACCUCCAGAAGCCAACGGCGUUAUAACCAGUAAAAGUGUUAUAUACAACUAUUCUAAUGGGUCUUAUAUUGAAGACAGUAUUGUUAAUCAGACACCAGUGAUAUCAGAACAACGAGUAUUGGACAUGAUAGAAAACGCUUAUCCAAAUGCGUUAACCGUUGAAGAUUUUGUCAGCGCAGGAAAAUGGUCUAAGGCGGAAGUGAAAGAUGCAUUAGAAGCGUUGGAAGAGAAGGGUCUGACUCGCACUAUGUCAGAAGGCCUCUAUAUUCGUCAGCAUAGUAUUGAUACCCAGGUGGUGAAACAAAUGCCAACACUGUGUUCAUCACGGCAACCUAGUAUAGCUGUGAUAACAGCUUUGUAUUGCGAGAAGCAAGCUGUUGACGCCAUGAUGGACAAUCAAGAGACGUACGUGCGGUACACGACAGUUGGUGAGUGUCUCUAUAUCCAAGCUAAAGAUCAUAUACUUUCAAUUCCUUCAUUGCAAUAUUCACGGAUGAAACGAAUUAAUAGCAGUUUUAUUGCCUUUGUAAUUUCGGCAACGCACUCAUUUACUCGCUGA